AUGCCGAUGCUGGCUAACUUGGGUGCUGGGGAGGUCGAGAACCAGCAGGCCAUCGCCAGCUUUCUUCCUGCGUCCUGUGACUUGGGCUACCCCUCGGUGUCGCCAGCGCAGCGGACGGACAGCCUGCGCUCAACGCCUGGCCAUUGCGAGUCGCCCAGGCUGCCGCCUAGCAGUCGUGAGAAGGAGCGGUUCUCUGGCAUGCCCCUGUGCGGAGUUGAUCACUUGGACUCAACCCCUAACAGCGCCCCGAGGGCCUGUAGCGAAUCAGACGCACAGCUCACUACGCCUGGCCAUCGUGCGUCGCCCGAGCUGCCGCCUAGCAGUCGUGAGAAGGAGCGGUUCUCUAGCAUGCCCCUGUGCGGCGUUGAUCACGAACAAGGUAUUCGGCUUCUCCGCUCCUGCCUGGCGCGUGCUUUAGGUGAUGAUGCCUACCUGGGGACAGAGCGCAGUUCCAGCACACCAAGCUGGGGCAGUAGCUCGGACUGGGAGGCGAUGAGGGCAGAGGUCGUAAAAUGCCUUUCGGAGCACUCAGCCGCCCCCCCCAACCAAAUCGUCUGCGUGCCGGCGGCCUUUUUCCGGGACGCCGACUUUCAAGUGCCUGACGCAGACGCAGAGGCGGUGCUCGUGCAUGGCGGCGUCGACAACACCAUGGGUCCAUCCUGCAGCGGCUCGCACUUCAUGCCACUUCUCACUGCCGAUCAGUUCUCAUCUGUCCCCGUUGGUCGGGGCCAUGUGCGCUGGAGAGACAUGGUGUCCUCGGUGGCUUCACGAGGUACUGCGGCGGCUCUGGACCAGGUUCGUGACCAGGGAGAUUGCUACUUUCAUUCCAUCCUGGUGCUGCUCCACUUCAAAGGCGUGAGGUUUGCGCGACUUGGGCCCGCAGCGGAUGUCCCCGUAACAGAGGUGGACUCAACCCCCAACAGCGCCCCGAGGGCCUGUAGCGAAUCAGACACGCAGCUCACUCCAACACAAGCGGCAGCGGCAACUUGUGCUCGCCGAGGUGUUUGCUUUGAGGAUGCCUUGCAGCAGCAGCAGCAGGCGGGGUCCAUGCAGGAAGACCCCUUCGACAAAAUGCUAGUGACCAUGUCGGAGGCUGUGAAAGGGGAGAGUCUGCAGCAGGUUGUUUUCCCAGAUCGGCUUUUCCAAGGACUGGGCAACAAGCAGCAAGUCUACGACAGUGUCAAGUCCUGGGUCGUGAGUGCUUACCAGGCUACAGGUCACCACCGAACCGUGGCAGCAGACGUGGACUUUGACCUGCGCACGAUGACGGCAGAGCCCUUUGCCGUUGCCGUGGACACCGCGCUUCUGGCCGUCAUCGAAGCCAACAUUGGCUUUCUGGAAGCACCUGGCACGACCUUGCAGCAUGAGGAUGACUCAGGGCAUUCCAUCAGCCCAGCAUCUCCUGUUAUGGUGGGCAGCGCCAGCUCGACCAGGAAGAGCCACCUCAUCCGAGCCUCAGAUGAUUGGAUGCUGACCUCGCCUGAGGCGACCGAGAUCUUUGCCUCUGCCCAAGUCAUGAACACAGACUGUACAACAAAAGGUGUGCGUCUGUCCUUGCAAGAGCACGGAAGAUGCGCCAUCAGCUCCGACGAGGCCGCGAACACCUUCCUAACCAAAUACUCGGAUAAGGACUGUGGCCUUCAUUUCUUGGCGCCUGCGAAGUUAAACACCUGGACUCAAUGUGAACACGAUGGUCCGGCCACGGGCCAAGGCAAGAUGACCUUGUCUCAGUACAACUUCCUCCUCAAGGUGGCAGGCCAGGUGCAAGUUUGCGAGCAGAUUCUCCUGCCCAAGGAUUCCAAGCUCAAGCAGGGUGACAAGUGUGUGGAGCAGCCGGGCGAGGUGGUGUUCGCGGCGCCGGAAGAUGACCUGGAGCCUCUGGAGCAGGACGACGUGCUGAAGCAGCAGAUCCUGUCGAAGGCACCCAGCCAUGAGCCUUUCACUGCCAAAGAUAUCCGGGACUGGUUCAAGAACAAACGUCACCACUGGUAUCGCGCCAACUUGGCAUCCAAGAUUUCCUCGGCAUGCUCGUCCUUAGUGAAUGCGGGCCUCUUGCAAACAGUUGAGGGCGGUGGUGAGCCGGCAGGGACGAAGAGCGCCAUGCGAGGAACUGGAAGCCGGGGGCGGCCAGCAGCAGUGGUGCGAAAGCGGUCUUUGGCGACCGUCCAGGCGGAUGAUGUUGCCGAGACUGAGCGGAAGCGCUUGCGAGUAGGUCUUUCUAGUUUCCAGUGA